UCCUUCAGAGAGAUAGGGCAGGAUAUAAAUAAAAGUUUUAUAACUAUAUUGUGUAUAUAUAUAUGUGAGGAUGUUAGCAGGGAAGAGAGGAAAGAACAUUGAACCAUCAUCUUUCAACCUUUCAGCCUUUUCAAUAGCUGGUUGGAAAUAACCAAAGAGAAAGACGACAGGAGGAUGGAGGAGACUGGGAUAUUUUUGAUUGUUCUGCUUGCGAUUCUUCUGCUUCUCUACUUUCUGAAACAGCAGUGGUCACGCCGACAUUUUCCCCCUGGGCCUCUUGCCCUUCCUGUUAUUGGAGGCUUAUGGAGAAUUAACUUUGGAAUUGGAUUUAAUGCAGAGACACCAAUAAAGUUGGCAGAACAAUACGGAGACAUUUUUACUUUGUGGGCGGGACACAUACCAGCUGUAGGUUUUUCUGGAUUUGAAGCUGUGAAAGAAGUAUUGAUUCAUCAUUCAGAAGACUUCUCGGACCGGAUCCAGACUCCAAUGCUUACAACUAUAUCAAGAGGAAAGGGUAUUGUACUUUCAAAUGGACAUGUCUGGAAGCAGCAGAGGCGGUUUGGCCUAGUUACGCUGCGAAAAUUGGGUGUGGGGAGAAAAAGCGUGGAGAGCCAAAUUGAAGAGGAAUCUCAACAGCUUGUAGAGGUUUUUGCAUGUGAAAAAGGGCAACCAUUUGAUCCUGCAUUGCCCAUCACAAAUUCUAUCUGCAACGUGAUAUGUGCCAUCACUUUUGGAUACCGUUUCCCUCUUGAAGAUGAAACCUUCAAGAAAAUAAUGGAUGCCGUUGCAUUUACCUUGGCAUUAGGACUAAGUAUUUUUCAUUUGCUAUAUGAAAUAUUCCCAUGGCUCAUGAAGCAUCUUCCAGGGCCUCACAAAGAAGCAUUGAAUGCCACAGAGAUGCUGCUUUCAUUAGCCAAGAAAGAAAUACAGAAACAUAAGGAGCAAAAGUCUUUUCAGGAGCCACGGGAUUUCAUUGAUUUCUACCUGUCUGAAAUAGAGAAAAAGAAGAAUGAUCCUACCUUUACAUAUGAUGAAGAGAACCUGGCUCAGGAUAUUCAUGACUUUUUUAUUGCUGGAACGGAAACUACUGCGACUUCUCUGAAAUGGGCAAUCCUCCUUUUGGCAAAUCAUCCAGAUAUUCAAGAUAAAGCCUAUAAGGAAAUAGAAGAUGUUUUGUGCUCCUCUUCCUUCAGUUAUCAAGAUCUAAAGAAGCUCCCUUAUACAAAUGCUGUGCUUCAUGAGAUUCAGCGUUUAAAAUAUCCCCUUUUAUUUGGGAUCCCAAGACAAACAGCCAAAGAUGUGGAGAUAAGAGGUUUUCUCAUCCCUAAGGGGAUAAUCAUUAUACCAAAUAUACGCUCUGUUCUUCUUGAUCCUGAGCACUGGGAGUCUCCCAGAGAGUUCAAUCCAAAACAUUUUUUGGACCAGGAUGGACAUUUUGUUGCUAGAGAAGAGUAUCUGGCAUUUGGUGCAGGGGCUCGGGUGUGUUUGGGGGAGCAGCUGGCAAGGAUGGAGUUCUUCAUCUUCUUGGUCAACCUGCUGAGGGCCUUCCGUUUCCAGAUGCCUCCAGGAGUCAAAAAACUCAAUGAAGAACCUGCAGCAGGAGUAACAACACCACCCCAUCCUUAUAAAGUGCGUGCUGUUCCUCGCUGUAGUUCAUCAUAAAACAUACAAAAAUGGAGUACAGAAAAGAAGCAAGUUAAAGAAUGCAUGACAAAAUUGCUGAAAAGUAUAGGGAGACCAAUAAAGAUGGAAGAAUGGGAGAAGAUUUGGAAUCAGAAACUACAAAUUAGUCGCUCAUUUGUGUCAAAAAGAAAUGUCAUGUUUGGAUCUCAAAUUUGUUAUCCGCUGAAACAUAGGGUAUUUAGGAUAUCUUGGCCCAAAAAGUGUAUUUCAAGGCGUGGCUGACAGCAGAGGUGGAAUUGUAUAUGUCUUGGAGACAAUUUUCAUACCAAAGUCACAUUCCAGCCAUCGUUGCCUUAUCUUUCAUGUGUCUGAUUCUAACAGCAUCUAGGCCAUCAGGGACUUGUGAGAAUAUAUUUGGAGGACCUAUGACAAUACCUUGUAACCCUUUUAGAACAACCUCUGGAUGUCAUAACUAGAGCCAGCAGAAAUGAUGAGCUGUCUGUUUCAGGCUGUAUAUAGUAGAAUAACAGUGUUGUAAUGUUGGUGAUCCUAUUCCCUUAAAUUAUUGACAUAGAACAAAAUAUAAAACAUCUGUUGCAAUUACAUAUUAACAGCUAUCUUCAAGGAAUGAUUUGGGCCACCUGAAGUCUGCUUAGCUGUGUUACGGUUUUUGUGUUUUGAAGUGAAAUGUUUAAUUCAUUGCUGCUGUGUAUGUGUAUUCAUUCCGGCAACCAUUCCAGCUGUCAAGUGGUUAAUUGCAGCGAGCCUUGAUUGAUGGCUAGAAGGGCAAAGGAUCAAGACUUCCAUCUGAGCUACAUAGCAGGAAGAUAUGUCAUGGACUGUGGAAUGUGGGAUGUGCCUAAAAGUUUACUGAUAACAGACUCAGUGGGACUCCCCAUGAUUUGUUCUUGCCGAUGCAAGAUGUGUCCGAACAGCUUUGGCUGUCUAUUGUUUGUAGAUAUUCUGUAAAAAAAAGUUUUUAGUGCAGCUGGGAUCAGCAGAUAAGAUUGACUAAGCUGUCGUGUUUGUUAGUGCCGCUUGGUAGUUACUAAAGUGGUCUAACUGAUGAGCAGAGGUGAGACCUGAUUCAUCAAUCAGUCAGGAUGCAGUUCCCUGACAAGGUGCACUCGGACUUGUUUGAAAGGUAUUUUCAGUAUCCAAAAGCUUGUGUUUAUAAAAAUACAGAAACUCAAAGAAAGCAAGGGUCAAAACCAAAGUAUCACAAUAAAUAAACAAAGGAUCUGACAGUU